AUUUACGCCACGUGGACAGAGACCACAAGUCUAAAAAACCAAGCUGAGUCAUCGCCUGUGUUAUUACUUCUUCACCCUUCUGCCUCGCAUUUUGUUUUCAGACCCAAAAAUCUCACACACACGACCGCGACGCCGCCUCUCCUCCUUUUCCUACGUAGGAUCACGCUUGUCUCUAUAAAAUAGCAAACUCUCCUUUUAUGUGGCUCCCUUUCGCUUUCAUGGUUCUUGUAGUCUUUUCUUUCCUUUUAUUCUAAACCCAUAUAUACAUGCCCUCCAUUGACGCCUUCUAAGUUUCUAGCUAUUACUGUGGAGACUCUUCGUCACCAUUGAUCUGGUAUAUACAUUUUUCUCACUGAAACAACAUAACCCAGAUACAAAGAUUCAAUCUUUAGCUGAGCCCACAUAGAAAGAUUCAAUCUUUAGUUGAACCCACAUAGAAAGAUUCAAUCUUUAGUGAUUUUCUGGUGUGUGUGUGGUUUUGUGAGCUGGGAGGCGAAGUUUAGAGAGGAGGAAGAUUAGGGUUGUGGUAUAAUGAGAGCUAGGUUGAUAGUGUUUCCUGUGAAAGGGAGGAACUGGUGUUUUAGCAGAUCAAUUGAUUCUGUGGUUUCGGAUUGUGGUUCUGGUAAUGUUCCUUCUACUCUCAAAGAUCUCUGGAGAAAGCUCAGUUUCAGUUCUAAUCCCAAUGUUGAUUCUGGCUCCAAUGCUAACGCUAAUGGCAAUCGAUGGGCUGCUAAUGCGGAGCUUCUUGUUGAUUUCGCCUCUAACAAGAUGAACAAGGCUUGGAUUGGUCUGGAGAGAGCGCCUGAGGGAACCUUCAAGAGAAAGAUUCAUGGGGUGGGAUUGAAGCUAUUGGCUCGGGUGAAGCCGUCUGAGAUGUUCUUGAAGUCUAUCUCUAAUGAGGUCUCGCAUGUUGAAGUCACAUACCCUCCAAGCUUAAAUGCACGGCUUGUACGUAGGAGGUUACGACAUAUUGCCAUGAGAGGAUCUAUCAUACACAAGAAGUAUUUGUACGGUUCUGUUACAUUGCUCCCACUGACAUCUGCAUUUAUGGUUUUGCCUUUGCCAAAUAUUCCCUUCUUCUGGUGUUUAUUCCGUACUUACUCUCAUUGGCGAGCUCUCCAGGGAAGUGAGAAGCUUCUCCAGCUAGUCUCAGAUGGCUCGGAGACUGCAGAAGGAAAGGAAAAGUUACUUAAUUCUCCAUGGGUUUUGCAGCCAUCCAAAGAACUCGAGGAACUUCUUCAUCAGGGUUCAGAAAACGAUGAUCUGAAUAAGCAGGCUAUAUUAAAAAUCUGCAAAGCUUUUGAUUUGAAUUCAAAUGAUGUUCUAAAAUACGGAGUUACCAUGUAGUGAAAUUGUGGCCUUGAUUUCCAUUAUGUAACAGCACACAUUGAAAAGGGAUUGAUUGUGGAACACAUUCUGUGAGGAAGGAAAUUUUGGUUAUCAAGUUUUACUCUUGUACUACCAGCAGGAGGGCAUAGUUCUGUUAAAUUGUAGGUUCUGAUUUAUGACUCCAUAUUGUAUGGUGCAGCUAACUAGCCUGUUUACCUAUAAAGUUUGCUCGUUUUGAUCUUGAAAUUUAUUGGUGUCUGAGAAAGGCCCAAGGACAAGU